AUGGACGGGCCUGUCGGCAUGCAAGUCCACCUGUUGGUUUACGACUUGUCCGGUGGGCUGGCAAAGGACUUGUCUUUGAGCAUCCUGGGCUUUCAGCUCGACGCCAUCUAUCACACAUCUAUAGAGCUGCGCGGCACUGAAUACGUCUACGAUGGCAGCAUCCUCGAAAUCGUCCCCGGCUCAUCACACCUGGGCCGACCUAUGCAGCGGCUGCUACUCGGCACGACAUCACUCCCGAUGGAUGUUAUACACGAUUAUCUGACUUCAGUGAGAUCCAUCUACACUGCCGAGGCAUACGAUCUAUUCAAACACAACUGUAAUAACUUCACAGACUCCUUUUCCAAUUUUCUUCUUGGAAAAGGUAUCCCCGAUCACAUAUCAAGCAUGCCGCAAGCUGUGCUAGACUCACCCAUGGGUCGCAUGAUGUUGCCCCGGCUCACUCAGGGUAUGAAUGCCCGGAGAAAUGGCUUGCUCGGCUUGGGCGACACGGCGGCCAGUGCAGCAAAGCCCAAGAGGCUUAAUCAAGUCCACAACGCCGUUCGGAUCGAAGACUAUCAUCAACUUCUCGCCCAGUCUGCAAAGGCGGCCGCGGUCGUCUUCUUCACAUCGCCCGCCUGCCCGCCUUGCAAGGCGCUAUAUCCCUUCUACGACCAGCUGGCUGAGCACUACGGACACCAGAUUGCCUUUAUCAAAGUCGACAUUUCGCUCGCGCAUGAUAUCGCCGCCAAAUACACAAUCACCGCCACGCCCACCUUCAUCACUUUUUUCCGCGGCGAGCAGUUCAAGCGCUGGACCGGCGCUGACCAACAGGCCCUCCAGAGCAACGCACAGCUGCUAACGCAGAUGGGCGCACAAUUACACACACACGACAGGCUACAGCUACCGAACUUUUCACCAAAUGCGCAGCCCAUUCUGUAUUCCAAGACGCCGCCUCUGAGUAAACUGCACGUCAAAAUGGGCGAGUUUAGCCUCAUUCCAGAAAUGCAAGCCGUCAUGAGCUUCCUCGAAAUCCGCCACAAGCACAACACGGCAGAAAUUAGGCUGCCAGGCCUGUUGAGUCUCGGACAGUGCAUCCGCGACGCCCUGGACAAGCUUGCGCCUGAUGUCGUCUUUACCGCCAUCGACCUGUUCCGCGCCGCGCUGACGGAUCCGCGCGUGAGCGCCUACUAUGCCGAAGAGCGCGACUUUCAGACCAUGGACGCCAUCAUUCGGUACGUGAAUAAAAAGGGCGCCAGCUGUCCGUACUCAAUGCGUCUCGUAACGCUCCACGCCGUGUGCAACAUGUUUUCCACGCCGCUGUUCCCCGGCAUCGUGUUUGGCGACAGCGGCAUCCGCGCACAGGUGGCGACGCUCGUCUCAUCGAGCUUCCUUGACGACAACCACAGCAACACUCGCGUCGCCGCCGCGUCGCUCCUGUUCAAUCUCGCACUGACGAAUCGCCAGCGGCGCAGGAACGGGGAUUCGGCGCGCUUCUCCGCCGCCGAGGAGGUGGAGCUGGCGGCAGCGCUGGUUGAGGCCGUGGCGCGCGAGGGCGAGUCAGCCGAGGCGCUGCGCGGCAUGCUUCUGUCGCUCGGGCACCUCGUCUUUGGCACCGAUCUCAACGGCGAUCUCGCGGAUUUGCUGCGCGCACUGGACGCCAAAGAGACGGUCCUCGAAAAGAAGAAGGCGUUUCCCAACGAGAAGCUGGUCAAGGAGGUUGGGGAGGAGUUGCUAGGCAAGGGGCUGCACAAGCCUUAG